AUGGAUCCACCUGAGGAAUCAUGGACGAAACUUCCAAUUAUAGCAAUAAUAGCCAAGGACUCAUCAUUUGAGAAAGCUAAGGCCAAGCUGAAAGAUGCUAAAUUAUUAACGGAUUUUGAUAAGGAUUCAGACGUAAGAGCGGACAUGUUAAAGCGAUCUAGAAAAAGGAGAGCACGAGUCAGCAUCAGCAGUUGCGACGAGCAGGAAUUCGAUGGAACACAAAUUCAAUUAGACCCUUUUCCCAAUCCUCCUCAAACCAUCAAUUCAAAGAAUAUUUUGAUUAACACUUAUAAGGGAAAGAAAGAGAAAGGUAAUAAUUCAGAUUAUGCAUCCAACAGCAGAAGUGUCAAUUUGCAGCAGGAUGCUUAUAUCCUUAGGAUAUUUUCCGCAUAUGCCCAAGAUAUUUUUCUAAUAUCGCCAUUAUAUGCUCAGAAUCAGAAAAUAUUCUCAGAGCAUACUCAGAAUAUCCAAAUGCUAUCUGGGACUUUCGACGAAGGAUAUAUGAAACCAAUACCCAAAAAAUCAAGCGCCUCGUUAGACAAUUCUAUACUGGCUUCCACUCCAGUUAAAUCAAUGCUGAAACGUUCGAAAACUGUGCCGUCUACUUUGAAUGAAAUGUCUGAAAUGUUACCAUCACACGAUGAAUCGUACGCUCCCUUCGUUGAAAAAAUUUUCAAAAUCGCGAAUGAGCCGCUCGUAACAUCCGUUCGAAAUCAAUUGCAAACAUCCGAGGGACAAGAAAAGCUACAAAUGCACUAUGGGACAAAAAUAUCUGGGUACGGUCCUAAGCGCAAUGAGGGAACGAAGCUUGGCAACAAACGUAUCACCUUGGAUAAAAACGAUAAUAUAAUCAUAGACGGGAAAAGUUAUGCUGAAACGCCAGGACUUUACGAAUUGAUUUUCAUAUGUUAUCCAAAUGAAGCAGUCUACACUGACGAUGACCUACAGAAAUAUCAGAGUAUUCUAUUAACUACAAACGCGUAUAGACGCGAUCCCAGCGCGCAGGGUCAAAUAAUGGGUAACAAGGGUCACAAUUUAAGAAACAUUUUUAAUGAAAUUCCGUCAAUACAAACUUUGCAAUUAGUGUUACACAAAAUACCUCUAUCCCCUGGAUUAAAUCCUUUUAUUUUGAAACAUUUAAAAAGUAUAGCUCUAAAAAUGCCAAUAAAAGAUAAAGUGUGUAUUCUUAUAUGGGAUGAGGUAUCUAUACAACCCAAACUUACAUAUGAUAUUCGUAAAGAUAUAAUUUGUGGUCUUGAAGAUUGGGGCAACAAUCGCACGGGAAAAAUCGCGGAUCAUGCUUUAGUUUUUAUGUUGCGUGGAUUAAAUUCUGGCUGGAAAAUGCCAAUUUCAUAUAAUUUUUGUUCGAAACAAACAAAUACUGCGCAAUUAAUUCGUUGUAUUAAAGAGCAUGUAAAAGAAAUAGUAAAUACAGGCUUUCACAUUGUUGCAACUGUAUGCGAUCAAGGCUCAUCCAACGUAGCAGCGAUAAAAGAAUUAUUGUUACGUACCGACAUGAACAGAAAUUUUCAAAAUAGAGCAAGACGUCAAACCUUUGAAAUUGAAGAUACGGAAAUUAUUCCAUUAUACGAUCCCCCACAUCUUAUUAAAGGUAUAAGGAAUAAUCUGUUAACAAAGGAUCUAAUUUUUAAUUGGAAAGAUAAUAAACCAGACAAAAUAGCAUCGUGGGACGUAAUAAAAACAGCAUGGAUAAUCGACAGAAAAAUUAAUACAAUCCGACCACUUUUAAAAAAAUUAACAGCGGAACACAUAAUAGAAGAUAAAAUUAAGAAAAUGCGUGUCAAACAUGCAACACAAGUCCUCAGUGGAACCAUGGCUAGUGCCAUUGAAACAUUGACAAGAUCAAAUUGUGUUGUAACUAUAGAAGAUAAGGAACUUAGAAUCAAUAUUGAAGAAGGAAUCGCAACAGCGGAAACAGUAAACUUUUUUAAUGACUUAUUUGAUUCUGUAAAUGGAGAUGAUAAAAAGACGGAUAAUAAUGAGCUGCGAUGUCCGGUAAUGGAAAAUAGUAAUCAUCAUGAGUUUUGGGUGACAGCAAAAAAUAGCAGCAGGGUCCUGCUUCGCGCUGGACUACCAGGAGACGACACGGGCAGGAGCCCUGUCUCGAGGCCAAUCGACGACGAUCGAGUGGAAACUCCUUCCACUCGACUCGUCUCCGGUUCGGAGGACCAGACCACCAAGGAACCUACUACAGCCAAGGGAUAUCCGGGUCUGGCGGUACACCUCACCGAGGCAUCACCGGGAGAUACCGCGAACUCCAGGACGAACUCCGGAGCCUUCGUCGGCAAGCGAGUGGGAGUCGCCUGUGAAAGCGGCUCCCCCGCAAGCAGUACCGGAAACACCAACGCCUCAGCCGAUCCGGGUCUCCCUUCCUCUGGAGACGGUACCUCAACUCCUGCAGGCAGCACCGGGACCCGCCAAGGAAUCACCAGAGGUCCAACGCCCCUCACGACGGGCCAAGAGGCGCGCCAACAAGGCGCAGGAGGAUCUGCGUUGGGGGCCCAUAAGAACCACCAACACGCAGCCUCCUCUCCAGUGGCGUGA